AUGCCCCUGCCCCGCAGGGAAAGGGGACCCCGCCUGGCCGGCUCCCGAGUGGCGGCCACCAGCGUCCCACGGGCAACGGCCCGCUCCCCAAGGCGUGCGGGCCGCUGGGCCCCGCCGUUGAGCCAUGCGCAACGCCUCACCCGGCGGCGCCAUUCCUCCGAGCAGGUCCCACCGGAGUACGAUCCACCGGCUGACUUCCGCUCCGGAAAGUUGCUCCAAGAGCGUGCCGGAGGGGACGCCAGGGACUCGCGGCAAGCUCUGCGAGCUGGCAUGGGCUCUAGGCACAGGAUCUGCAGUCAAGAAGAAGUAGUGAUCCCUUAUGCUUCUGACAAUGAUUCAGGAAGUGUGGAUUUGCAGCCGAGCAACUUGGAGGAUAUUAAAAAAGACCCAAGUAACAUCGAACUUACAGAUGCGGACCUCUCUGACAUCCCUACACUCCCUCAGGAGUCUCUCUCAGGUAGCUUGGAAUCCCUGACCCAGGAGGAGCCCCUCAAAGAGGCCAGCACUGAGAGGCUGAUCCAGUCCAUCCAGGAGGUUUUUAAUGGUGAGCUAAAGGGUGAACUUGAAAAGCUGACAUUCCUAAGAUCUUUGUCCACUCUCAGCCGAACUUUAUCUUACGAUGAAACCACAGAGUCAUUCAUUCAUAGCCACACAGCAAAGAUUGUGCAUAUCCUAAAUGUACUGAUGCAGGAGGAACCCCCGAAUUCUCUAUUAAACCCUGUGCGCCAGGAAGUCUUUGUCACCAUUGCUGAUCUCAGUUACCAAGAUGUGCAUUUGCUGUUUGGCUCUGAAGAUCGAACUGAGUUGUUCAGUUUUAUCACCAAAAGUGUAAUCGCUCUGCCUUCUGUAAGGAAUCUUCUCCAGCCACAGGAAGUCAUGCCAAGUGAGCCUUACAGCUCAGAGUGUCUCUACAGGCAGACAUUCCAGGCAUUCUCCGAGAUGCUCCAGAGUUUGGUGGUAAAAGACCCACAUUUGGAAAAUCUUGACACCAUUUGUAAGCACAUGGACCCCUGGUUACAGUCAGUCAAAGACCAUGAGCGGGAACGGGCCACAGCCAGCAUGGCUCAAGUUCUGAAGUGCUUAUCCAGACACCUCAGCCUGAAGCCUCCGCUGCGAUUCCAAAGACUUGGACAUCUAGUGGCUCUGAUGGCACUACUGUGUGGGGACCCACUGAAAGAGGUGGCUGAGGAGGCUGCAGAGGGCACGCACUACCUGUUGCAUAUCACCCUGAGGCUGAAGUAUACUACUCGUAAGAAGAAAAAUCACCAAAGCUUGAGAAGAGCAUUGAAAAAAUGUCAAGAAUUCCUAGAUCUCUAUGAUAUUAAACAGUUCUACAGUUGUCCCUUCAAUAUUGCCCAGGUCUUUGAAGUUUUUCUCAGUUCAAAUGAGCUCUGCCAGUUUGUAAUGACUACAUUGGAUGGCCUGAAAAAUCUGAAACAUCCCUGCACCCAGCAGUCAGCAGGAGAAUUGCUGAUAACAUUGGUGAAAAAUGCAGAGUCCCGAUUUGAGAAGGUGCCUGAAAUUAUGGGAGUUAUCUGUUCCCAGCUAUCUGUAAUCAGCCAGCCUAGCCUCCGUGAACAAAUCAUAACUACUGUGAGUUUGUUUAUAUCCAGGCCCAAGUACACAGAUACAGUGCUCAACCACCUUCUGUGUCAUCCAAUACCAUAUGACAGGCAUCUAGCUGAGUUGUGGAGAACCCUGGAGGUAGAGCUGCCCAGCACGACCUGGAUUCUAUGGAGGCUCCUGAGGAAGCUGCAGAAGUGCCAUAAUGUGCCCACCGAGGAGAAGAUGGCCUAUGUGGCCGUGGCUGCAACAGACGCCCUUUAUGAGGUGUUCGUGGGAAACCGGUUCCAGGCGGCUACAUUCCGACUCUUUCCUCAGCUUCUUAUGACACUUCUCAUCCAGGUUCACCACAGCAUCGGCCUUACCAUGUCUGACGUGGCCAUCCCAAGCAGCCUGUGCACGGAACAGGAAAUGUCUUCAGAGGUCACCCCUUUGUGCUUUGCCAUGCAGGCUAUAAAGACUCUCCUCCUCAGAACACUGUGCUGGCAGGAAUUCAGCAUCAUGGAAAAGCAUAAAGGAUGGACUCUUCUGGAAGGAAAAGAUUGCCAUCUUCAGGGGGUAUUUCUCCUUGCCAAUGCAUUGCUGGAAAGAAAUCACCUCCUUGCACAUAAGGUCAUGUACUUGUUAGUCCCUCUUCUUAACCGAGGGAAUGAUGAACAUAAACUCACAUCUGCAGGCUUUUUUGUAGAGCUCCUCCGGAGUCCACUGGCUAGAAGACUACCUAGUAUAUACUCCACUGUCCGCUUGAUAGAAUGGCUACAUCAUGGAAGUUAUCUUUUUAGGAUUCUUGCCCUGAGAGGACUGCGCAAUCUUACCAGACACCAGGAGAUGAGGGAAGACAUCAAGAGCCUGUUGCCAUGCCUCUUAGACAGCUUAUGUGAACCUGAUGAAGAGAUUGUUUUAUUGGCCAUGCAGAUAAUCCUGCCGCUUGUUGGGACCAUGGAUUUCACUACCCUGGCUGCCAUGAUGAGGACUCUGUUCUCCUUAUUUGGUGAUGCAAGACCUGAUGUCCGUCAUUUCGCCAUGGUUCUCUUUGGAGCUUCCAUAAGGUCUGUGAAAUACUCAGAUAAGAAGAUUAUAGAGAACCAAGUUCUGGACAGCUUGGUCCCACUACUUCUGUAUUCUCAGGAUGAAAAUGUUACCAUCGCUGAGGAGAGCAAGCGAGUCCUAACUAUAUGUGCCCAGUUCCUAAAGUGGAAGCUGCCCCAGGAAGUGUACUGCAAAGAUCCCUGGUACAUCAAACCUGCUGAAGCCGAAACAAUCUGCAAAUUCUUUGGAAAAAAAUGCAUGGGGAAAAUUAACAUCCUAGCCCAAACAUUGACGUACUCCAAGAAUACAAAACUUCCCAUCCGAAGAUCAGCAGUCUUGUUUGUAGGGCUCUUAUCAAAGCACAUGGAUCACUGUGAACUCAUGAUGAAGGGUACUGACUGGAUAGAAAAUGAUCUGACAGAUCUUCUGCAUGACCCUGAGCCCUCUCUGCGCGUCAUCGCCGCCCAAGCUCUGUUCCAAGUCCAGAAGGUGAAGGCUGAGCCAGAGCCUGAGCAGAGGGUUUCCUGGUUGAGGAAGCUCAUGGGCUGUCUCCCUACCUAG